AAAAUGUGAAACAACAUAUGAGAACUGGUUCUCAUGGUUCUCAACCUAUUUGUGGUUCUCAUUUGAUUAUCCCCUUACGUAUGUGUAUAGAUAUGCGACUAUGCGGGUGUGUAUAUUUAUAAUUCUAAUUAUUAUUUGAACUGCUGUAUCACCUCUUUACAUUGCGAUACCACUAUAUGAAAUCACAGUCCUGACCGCUGUAACACCAUAGAUUUUAAGAAAGCCUUCACUUAAGUUAAGACUGCUGCUGGAUUCUUAUGUUGCUCACAUGAGUAUUAUGAGUGCGUACAAGCAGGAAUUAUUCAGCGGGAGGACCUCCAUGCAGUAAUAUUCAAUGGGCCGUCCCGAACCUUCUGUGUUGUUCGCGCAGACAUUUGCUCAUGCGCACCUUGAUGAAUAUGUUGAUGAGGUGAUAUUUUCUGAACCUGUUAUAGUCAGCGCUUGUGAGUUCCUUGAGCAGAGCUCUUCCUCGUUGUCACCAGCAGUAACACUUAUGGGGGCCACUUCACCUCCUUCAUUUGCUUUAGAGGUUUUUGUUCAUUGUGAAGGGGAGACAAGGUUUAGGCGGCUAUGUCAGCCUUUUCUGUAUUCUCCUUCUUCUUCAAAUAUCUUGGAAGUUGAGGCACUUGUAACAAGUCAUUUGGUUGUGAGGGGAAGUUACCGCAGUCUUAGCUUGGUCAUAUAUGGAAACACUGGGGAAGAUCUAGGGCAAUUCAACAUAGAAGUUGAUCUAGACAGCUCUUUGACAAACACAGUGUCCAUUGUUGAGGGCAACCUUGAAGACCUCCCUACUGCACUAAAUCCUGUCAAGUCGGCCAUCGAGGAACCCAUUUACCCUCUGAAGUCACUGUCUCUUUUACCCAUUGCAUCAGAUUUAUCAGUUGAGAUGAAGCAGGUUCUACAGCUAUCUUUUAAAAUAUUAGAGAUGCCAAAUGCAGGAGAUGCUUUGAAUACAGUUGUUAAUUCUCUUGUAACUACGGCAACCACAUAUUCAACUCAAAGCUUGCAAUGUGCAUCUGCAAGCCAUGAACAACUUACAGAGGGUGGAUUGGUUGAUCGUGGAGAAUCUUAUCGUGACCUUAGUCAAGUCAGAAAAGAUCUCCUUGAUAUAUUUAGCAGCCUUCAGACUACCACAGAAAAUUCAUUGCCUGAAAGUUUGACAGAGAACAUUUUUCUUGAGUCUGAGGGUGAUUUGGUUACUUCCAAACAGUUGGUGGAUACUUUAAGGCAACACUAUCACACUUUGUGUAAUUCAGAAAGUUUCGUACGUGCUCAGCUUCCACAGAGCAAGCUUCUCAUGGCAUGGCUGAGUGCUGCGCUUCUAUUGUGUUCUUGUAAAGAGAGUUGCUUCAACUUUGUUAAUGGUGGGGGAAUGAAGCAGCUUUGUGACAUCUUUUGCAAAAAUGAGCAUUCUAGUGCUGCUACACUAAUGCUUCUUGGAGUUGUGGAGCAGGCCACUAGGAAUUCUAUUGGGUGUGAAGGAUUCCUAGGUUGGUGGCCUCGGGAAGAUGAUAAGAUUCCUGUUGGCAUCAGUGAAGGUUACAAUCAAUUACUUAAGUUGGUAAUGCAAAAACAGCGUCAUGACAUUGCUUCUCUUGCCACCUACAUUCUCCAUCGGAUGCGUUUUUAUGAAGUUGCUUCAAGAUAUGAGUUUGCUGUACUACGUGUGCUGGGAGGUUUUUCUUCUGUUGGUAAUGUUGUGUCCAUCACUAUGGACAUGCUUGCAAGUGCUAAACUCCAACUCAAAAAGCUUCUUAAAUUAAUAACUUCUAGGGCACUAGUUGAAGAUCCUUCUCCAGUCGCAUGCACAAGCAGAUCACUGAUUUUUGGUGAAACGGAUGGUCUUUUGUCAUACAAAGCUACUAGCAGGUUGAUUACUUUGUCAAAUUGUCGCUUUUCAGAUCAGGAUAUUGACUCGCACCUGCUUUUUCUUCUUAAGGAAAGGGGUUUUCUUCCUCUGUCUGCAGCACUUCUAUCAUCUUCUACACUGCGCUCUGAAGUGGGGCAUGCUAUGGAUUUGUUUAUGGAUAUCACAUCAUACAUUGCAUCCAUAAUUCUUUCACUUGUUUUUUGUCGCUCAGGCUUAAUGUUCCUUCUGCUUGACCCUGAGCUUUCGACGACGGUAAUUCUUGCUCUAAGAGGAUCUGAUUUGAGGAUGCAAGAGUCCAUUCCUCUUCGUUAUGCAUCUGUCUUGAUAUCCAAGGGCUUUUUUUGUCGUCCACGUGAAAUUGGAAUGGUUAUGAAGACACAUUUGAGGGUGAUGAACGUGAUAGAUCGUCUGAUUACAUCACAACAGCAUUCUGAAGAACUUCUAUGGGGUUUAUGGGAGCUUUGCUGUCUUUCCAGGUCUGAUUGUGGGCGCCAGGCUUUGUUGGCUAUAGGACAUUUUCCAGAGGCUAUCUCAGUUUUGAUUGCUGCAUUGCAUUCUGUCAAAGAAUUGGAACCAGUUUCUGUGAAUAGCGGAAAUUCACCACUGAAUCUUGCCAUCUUUCACUCUGCUGUUGAGAUUUUUGAAGUCAUUGUUCUUGAUUCCACGGCAUCAUCUCUGAGCUCCUGGAUUGAACAUGCCAAGGAACUUCACAAGGCCUUGCAUUCUUCCUCUCCUGGGUCCAACAGAAAAGAUGCUCCUACUAGGCUUUUGGAAUUGAUAGACGGUGGUGUGGUUUAUCAUAAGAACGGGGCUAUUGGCCUUCUGCGGUAUGCUGCAGUGUUAGCUUCUGGAGGAGAUGCACACAUGGCAGCGACAAACAUUCUAGCCUGUGAUGAAAUGGACGUUGAUAAUGUUGUUGGCGAUGUUUCUGGAAGUUAUGAUGGAAACGUGAUUGAUAAUCUAUUAGGGAAACCUAUUACUGAGUCAAGGUUUCUUGGUUUUACUCUUCGCGAUUCCUCUGUGGCUCAGCUGAUGACAACUUUCCGGAUCUUGAACUUCAUCUCAGAUAAUUCGGUUGUUGCCGGUGCUUUAUAUGAUGAAGGUGCUGUAAUGGUUAUUCAUGCAGUUGUUAUCAAUUGCAAGCUGAUGCUUGAGAAGUCCUCAAACAACUAUGAUUACCUUGUCGAUGAGGGUACAGAAUGCAAUACUACUUCGGAUAUAUUGCUUGAACGUAAUCGCGAGCAGAGUGUAGUUGACCUAUUAGUUCCUUGUCUAUCGCUGCUGAUAAAUCUGUUGCACAAGUUAAAGGAGGCAAAGGAGCAACACAGAAACAAAAAGCUCGUGAAGGCUCUUCUACAUUUGCAUCGAGAACUGAGCCCCAAGUUAGCCGCCUGUGCAGUUGAUUUAUCUUACCCCUAUCCUGAUCUUGCACUUCGAUUUGAAGCUGUAUGCCAUCUUCUUGCCUCCGCACUUGCUUGUUGGCCUGUAUAUGGUUGGACUCCUACUCUUUUUCAUUUUCUUCUCGACAGUCUUCAUGCUACUUCAUUGUUGGCAAUGGGUCCAAAGGAAACUUGCAGUUUGCUUUUUCUAUUGAACGAUCUUUUACCUGAUGAAGGCGCCUCACUUUGGAAGAAUGGAAUGCCCAUGUUGAGUACCUUCCGUCAGUUGGCUGUUGGAACGCUAUUAGGCCCUGAGAAGGAGAGAGAGAUCAACUGGUACUUACAGGCUGGACACAAGGAGAAGCUCAUUGGGCAGUUGACACCAAUGCUUCACAAGAUUGCGGAGAUCGUUUUACAUUGUGCUAUUAGUGCAUUGGUUGUUAUACAAGACAUGUUGCGGAUUUUUAUUAUACGUAUGGCUUGUGUACAUGCUGAUAGUGCUGCCAUACUCUUGCGGCCCAUGAUACUCUGGAUCGAUGAAUGGCUAGCGGAGUCAUCUACAUUAACUGAUACAGAUGCUUAUAAAGUUUGCAGAUUGCUUGAUUUUCUUGCUAGCUUACUUGAGCAUCCAUGUGCGAAGCCUAUACUGUUGAGUGAAGGGGCUAUACAGAUGAUAUCUAAAGUGCUCAAAAGUUCUGCUGAUGUCUUUAACUCAGAUGCCAAGCAAUUGCUGGAGAACAGGAGCUCUACCAAACUUCCUCAACUUAGUUGGUGCAUCCCUGCAUCUAGGUCCAUUUCCCUAAUAUCUGAGUCUAGGACGUAUUUUUCACCUUCUGGGCUUGAUAGGCACAACGCAAAGAUAUUGACUAAGGAGGAUUGUUCAUUGCUUUUAUUCCAUCUUCUCAGGCUUAUCAAGGUUCUACCUGUUGGAAGAGAGUUAGUUGCUUGUCUUCUGGCCUUCAAAGAUUUAGGUUCCUCGUCUGAAGGUCGAAGUGGCUUGCUCUCUGUUUUCUUGCAUGUUCAAUCAUCGUAUGGUGAAGAAUCUGAACCUGAGAGCAGACAAGUAAUUGAUGGGAAGUUUGAUCUUCUUGAAUUGAACAAUAAUCCUCUGUUAUUCUGCUGGAGAACCUUAUUGAACUAUAUUGAAAUGGAGGAUGUUCCAUCAGUAUCUGCCAUUGAGGCUGUUGAGGCACUUUCAUCAGGAGCUUUAAGCUUUUGCAUGGAUAAGAGCUUGAACCUAAAGAUGGUUGAUGCAGUGAAAUACCUCUUUGGAAUUCCUUGUGGUGUAAGUGGUGCAGAUAACUCAUCUGAGGAUAACAUCAAGUACAUGCUUAAGUUGACAUCCUUGCUGAACAAUGACGAACAUGCAACUUCGCGUCAGGUUAAAGAACAUGCAAACUCGCUGUUGCUUUUGCUUCAAAGGCCAAGUGAAUCAGAUGACGUUGUUUCUAGUAUUUUUCAGUCAUUGUCAAGUGAACUUCAAGGCCCUUCAAAGAUACAAAAGAUUUCAAAUUUUAGCAUUGACAGGGUUGAACAUUACAAUUUAGACAGCUAUGCGGAUAAGUUUAUGUGGGAGUGCCCUGAAAAUUUGCGAGAUAGGUUCUCUCAGACUGGUCAAUCUCUUAGAAGGAAACUUACCCCACUGGAAGCGGGGGCAAGCAGGCGCCCCAGGGUAGAUAACUCCCCUGCUGAGAAUAUGAGCCAAAGUGCAUUUUCUCGGGGUUCUGGACAGUUUGCUGCUCCUUCGGGCCCUACUCGUAGGGACACCUUUAGGCUCCGGAAACCCAACACUAGCAGGCCUCCUUCUAUGCAUGUCGAUGACUAUGUUGCUAGAGAGAGAAAUGUUGAUGGUACUACUAGUUCUAAUGUAAUUGCAGUUCCACGUAUAGGCUCUAGUAGUGGGAGACCACCUUCUAUUCAUGUCGAUGAAUUUAUGGCUCGAGAAAGGGAGCGGCAGAAUCCUGCAGGAAUGGCGGGCAGUAUGCAAGUGAAAAACGCACCUCCUGAAAAUGACCCAGAUGCAGAAAAGAUGAAUAAAUCUACGCAGUUGAGACCGGAUCUGGAUGACGAUCUCCAGGGACUCAAUAUAGUCUUCGGUGGUGAAGAGUCAGAAUCUGAUGACGGACUGCCGUUUCCUCAGCCAGAUGAUAAUUUACAGCAACCUGCAUCUGUCAUUGAUGAGCAAAAUUCUCCUCAUUCGAUUGUUGAAGAAACUGAAAGCGAUGUCAAUGAAAGCAGUCACCUUUCUCAUUUGGGUACACCUUUGGCAUCAAAUUUUGAUGAAAGUAAUCAGAGCGAUUUUUCAUCGCGGAUAUCGGUGUCACGUCCAGAAAAGUCUUUAACUCGUGAACCAAGUAUUUCUUCAGAGAAAAAGUAUUUUGAGCCUGAGGAUUCAAGAAACGGUCAGAUGACCUCCGGUGCGUUAAGCUCUGCUAAAAUGGAGAAAUCUUCUGGCUUUUCAUCUUCAGCUAACAUUAAGAACUCUAAAUCAUCGACACAAGGUUUAGCUGAUAGCAGGAUGCCUCCUAUUUUGUGUUCUAAUACCAGUCUUGGCCAAGCUGGCAAUGCAUCUUUAUCUGCUGCUUCUAAAGAAUUUUAUGAGCAAAAAUUCCCGUUGACCCAACCUCCUCUUCCUCCAAUGCCCCCACCACCUACCAUCUCACCCGUACAUCCUAAAACUCUGGAUUCAAAUCAGUCGACUCAUUUCCAGAACUCCAUGCGUGAUGUGCAGCCCCCACUGCCCCCUGGCUUUCAUCAGGUUCACUCUGAAUAUGCAAGGGCGUCCCUCCCUUCUUCUGGUGGGUCUGUGAGGCCUCAACCUCCUCUUCCUCCUACCCCACCUCCUUAUACCGCAGCAGCUUCUUUAUCAUCUUUACGAACAUCUACACCUCCAUCGUCAGCAUAUAGUCAGUCAAAUAUUGGAUCUUCUGAUUUGAUGCAGGGUUUUGCCCCUUCAAACAUGACAAAUCUUUCUGGAUCUGGAGCACUUCUUACUUCUUAUCCUCCACCUCCAUUGAUGCCUCCGAUGCUUUUUAACAGGCCUGGGAUUCCUUUUAACCUUUAUGGAACUAAUCCACCCUCAAAUCAGGGAGAAAACCAUUCUAAUCUUUCACAAAGUUUUCCCAUUGCUUUAUCUUCCAUACAGCCUCUUACUCAGUUGCAGCCAUUGCAGCCUCCCCAACUCCCUCGGCCACCCCAGCCACCGCAGCAUCUUAGGCCACCGAUUCCGGCUUCAACACAGUCGGAGCAAGGCAUGCCUUCUUCUGUUCAGAUGCAAGUACAGCAAUUGCAGAUGGUUCAACCAGCUCUAGGUUCUCCGGCUCAUGUAUAUUAUCAAACAAUGCAACAAGAGAACUUUCCACAUACUCAGCAACAGCAACAGCAACAGCAACAACAGCAACAUCGAUUGGAUCCCCAACCACAAGUCCAGCAUCAACAAGGGAGUAGUAGUAGUAACCAUCAACAGCAAGAUGCUAGUGCAUUGUCACUACAGCACGUUUUCAGUUCCCCCGAGGCUAUUCAGGAUCUAUUAGGUGAUCGGGACAAACUCGUCCAGCUUCUGGAGCAGCACCCAAAGUUGAUGCAAAUGCUGCAGGACAAACUGCAUGGUUGACAUCUCAAAGAGAAGUGGUUGGAGGUACUUGGGUUUUUAUGUUAAAUUUUGUUUUUCACCAGGAACUGAAUCAAAACAUUAGGAAGCAUGAGUUGUGUUCUUUUGAGCAUCAGCUGAUGUAUACAUUCCUGUACUAUUUAUUGUUGUACAUUAUUCUUAUUAUUUUGGCAUGAAACUGUAAUUAACGGCU